AUGGCUACACAAUUGGCUUCCCUCGUAGGCAGGCGCAUUUUGAAAGAAAACGUGAAGAACAAGUUCGGACAAGAGGAUCCGUACUUCGAAGUAGUUCCUGCCUCACGUCUUGGGCGAGCAUUCGGCAAAAAAACCCAAAGACGCCGCAAGGCUAUUCCCCCGGGGCUUUCUCCUCAAGAUGCCAAGAUCCUCAACCGUGUCAAACGCCGAGCUUACCAGCUCGAUUAUAGUCUUUUCAAUCUGUGCGGUAUUCGAUUUGGCUGGGGAAGCGUUAUCGGAAUAAUACCAUUUGCUGGAGAUGGUAUGGACGCUGCGUUGGCCAUGAUGGUAGCCAGGGAAUGCCAAAAGGUUGAAGGGGGGCUUCCAUCGAGGAUCUACUAUCAGAUGAUGAUAAACAUUGCCAUUGACUUUUUCAUCGGCCUGGUCCCAUUCAUCGGCGAUCUUGCAGAUGCCAUCUAUAAAUGCAACACUCGCAAUGCGGUACUCCUGGAAAAGUUUCUCCGAGAGAAGUCGAUCAAAGCUGAAAAGUUGCGUGCCAAGAGAGAACACCGCGCACCCCAGAGUGAACGCCUUGUGGAUCUGAGCAUUCCAGAAGAGUUCGACAGGUAUGAAGAUGGUGCUCUGCCGGAUCCUCCUGGCUAUACGGAAAAUCCUGUAUUGGAACCGAUCCCACAAGGCGGCACGGAUGAUUCUCGCGGCCCUACUAGACCAGAACAUACCCCUACAGUCGGCCCCAGUCGGAAGGAAUCACGUCGGUCAGGAGGGCGCAAGAAGAAGCAAAAGCAGAGGGACCUUGAAGCUGGAGUUGUUGAUGACCGACGUUAG